AGACAACCAAACCCACCCCCGAAGGCGCCGCCCCUCGUCUCUUGACUCCUCGAGCCUUCCCGUCUUCCCCCUUCAUACGCGCCCUAACCCUCGCAUCCUCUUCCUUGCCGCCGCCGGGGCCGGUCUCCGCUGCCCGCCAGCCAUGGAAGAGGACUACUGCGUGGUGUGCACCGAGGCGCUGGAGUGGGUGGCGUACGGAUCGUGCGGGCACCGCGAGGUGUGCUCCACCUGCGUCGCCCGCCUCCGUUUCGUGAUGGACGAUAAGAAGUGCUGCAUCUGCAAGACCGUCUGCCCCUUCGUCUUCGUCACUAAGGCCAUGGAUAAAUACACUAGAGUGGUGACUGAUUUCUCAGUGUUCCCCAGUGGGGUGAAUGAGGGCAAAGCUGGGGAUUUCUGGUACCAUGAGGAUACACAGGCAUACUUUGACGACGCAGACCACUACCGGAUGAUACGGGCAAUGUGUCGACUUUCUUGUAGUGUUUGUGACAAUGCAGAAGAUCAGGUUGCCCUUGCUGCUCAAGCAAAGCGCAGAAGCAAGUUCAGGAGCAUCGAUCAACUAAAGGGACAUUUAUUCCAUCAACAUAGGUUGCACAUGUGCAAUCUUUGCUUGGAGGGGAGGAAGGUGUUCAUUUGUGAACAAAAGCUUUAUUCAAGGUCACAGUUAGUUCAGCAUAUGAAGACUGGUGACUCUGAAGUGGAUGGCUCUGAGGUAGAGCGCAAUGGUUUUGCUGGGCAUCCAAUGUGUGAGUUUUGCAAAAGUUCAUUUUAUGGAGAUAAUGAGCUUUACACGCAUAUGUCCAGAGAACACUAUUCUUGCCACAUAUGCCAGAGGCAGCAUCCUGGGCAGUAUGACUAUUUUCGGAACUAUGAUGACCUUGAGUUGCAUUUUCGAAAAGAUCAUUUCCUCUGUGAAGAUGAAGCAUGUUUGGUAAAGAAGUUUGUUGUCUUCCCGAGUGAAGCGGAGCUGAAGAGGCAUAAUGCUUUGGAGCAUGGUGGGCGGAUGUCUCGUUCUCAGAGGAAUGCUGCACUUCAGAUACCUACCAGUUUUAUAUAUCGCAGAAAUGAGCAAGAACAACGGCGUGGCAGAGGUAGGGGGCGUAAUGCUCCCCAUGAUGGAUCCGACAGUCAUAUAUCAUCAUCUGCACAAAACGGCCGGGCAACUGCCGAUGGUCAUGCAGGCCGUCUUGAUAAUGUUUCAGGGUCGUUUCAGUCAUUAAGUGUUGGAUCUAGUUCUGUCGGAGCUGAAGUUGGCCAAGGCUCAAGGACUGGAGUGCUCGAACAGUUGUCCUUCCCACCUCUUUUAGACCCAGAUAUUCCUGACAACAGUGUUGAUUCUUUUCAUGAUGAAACCUCAUUUCCUUCAUUAUCAGAGCAGCAAUCCAGGUAUGCACUUGCUCUCAAUCAGAGUGCAAGGGGUGCUGCGAGGCUUGGGGAUGAGUCACUGUUCCCCCCUUUGCCUGGAUCUAGUAACAAUAGGGGUGCUGCUUCAGCCCAACAGGGACUACAAAGUCUAGCUAAGAGCACACUUGCAGCAAGACUUCAACAACGUACCAAGGGCCCUGUGAGGGUACUUAAUACUGCUCGGCCUCGUCCCUCUGAAAAUCUUGGAGUCCUCUCUAGUUCCACCCAGACAUGGCCUACACCUGAUCAGGGCCUACUCUCUGGAUCUUCACAGCUUCGACCUGGAACUCAAACAAGAGAGAUUGGGUCCAUGCCAGCUGUCUCCAGUAACACAGUGUGGAAUCCUGUUGCUACAAACAAGAUGAAGCACUCUGUUUCUACGCCUAAUCUUGUGUCUGGUGGCUCCUCUGCCCAAGCAUCAUCAAGUUCUGCUUAUGGUAGCAACAGAAGUCAGGAUCCUCCUCAAGGUAACCAAACUUUGCCUGUUGCAGAGGAUCUCCGUGCUGCAAACAAAUCUCUGGUUGAAAGAAUGCGCUCUGCUCUGGGAAUGGAUGAGGACAGGUACUCUGCAUUCAAAGAGAUCGCUGGCGAAUACCGCCAAGGUAUCAUAGAUACUUCGGAAUAUCUUUCAUAUGUUGAGCAGUUUGGACUCUCACACCUUGUUCCAGAAAUGGCUAGGCUAUUACCUGAUCCUCAAAAACAGAGGGAACUUGCUGAUGCAUAUUAUACUAAUACACGGUUUAAAAGCCUUCAAGAAAAUGGAGGUGGAACUAGCUCACAAGAGGGCAACCGUAAAAAGAAGGGGAAGGGGAAAGCUCCUGUCACAGAAAGCAGUGCUGCCAAUGAUGUGAAGGGUGCACUAGCAGAUAACAUUCUGGACACUGUAAGAAGGCUUCAAUCAAACCACCAGGCUCAGGAAGGAGAGGCUGAGGUGCUGUCGAAGGAUGGGUAUCGACCUUCCAAGGGGGUCCAACCGGCAGCUGGACCUUCAUCUAAUCUGGACAGUUCAGCUGGUGCAAAAGAUAACUCAGGCAAGGGAGGAGGCAAUAAGCAACCAAAGAAGACAUCAAAGUUUCUCAGAGCUCGUUUAGGUGACAACUCAUUAGCCACUCUUGAUUUAAGUCGCUCUAGUGCAAAUCCUGAACGUCCUGAAAGGGAAUCACAAGGCCCAGAGGCGGGGUUACCAGUGCGAGGUGCUUGGAAGAAUGGUGGGGGUCAGAAACUCUUUUUGAGCAAUGGACGGAAGUAAAGAGUCAUUGCAACUGCAUUUAGACGUGGAGAUGGGGUUGCCAGGUGCUUGGAAGAAUGAUGGCGGCAGAUACUCUUUUUUGAGCAAUAGUUUGAAAUAGGAGUCAUUGCAACUGCAUUUAGACGUGUCCAUAUACCUGAUCAACUAGGCAAUGUCCUGUGCGUUGCUAAUGGCGGCACACAAAUUUGCACUAUAUCAAAUUUUGUAGCCAUGCUUUUCAAACUCGUAAUGAUGUGGUGGGCAGUACGUACUUGAUGUGGUAUAAAUAUACUAUACACUAGAUGAUUUUUGUGUGCGUUGCAAGGGAGAACGUUUAGUAUCGUCGAAAAAACCUUGCCAGGCUAAAGUCAAGAUAUAGAGGAUUCGUGUCCACAUGCUGCUGUAUGUUUACAAUGCUUUGUUCUUUAAAGUCCAGAUGUUGCUAUAUGUUUGCAAUGGUUUGUUCUUUUUGAAAAAACAUCUAAUUCAUGAAGUAUGCAAAUCAUUCAA